AUGGCGCACGAACGCGACGUACGCAACGACAACUCGUCCGUCUCUGCCGAUCCGUAUGUGCGCUGGGACGCGAAGACUGGCGCGUACUGGGCCUACAGCACCGAGGGCGCGGACGAUGGGUGGUACUAUGGCAUCUACACGUCGCCGGACUUGAGCACCUGGAGCAAGAUCCGGGCGGAGCACGAGUGGUACUUCCUGUUCCACUCCGGUCGAUAUACGGAGCCGAGGCUUGUGGCGAAUACUUCAAAUACCAGAUUUGAGGAAGCGAGCAAGAUCGGCGUAGCCGUGUCCCGCUCACCUGCGGGGCCGUUCGUCGAGAUCGCCAACAGACCGAUCGACUACUACCCAUUUGACCCCAUUAUCAUGACAUUAAUCCUCAUGACAUCGCCGUACCUCGUUCCGCCAUCCUCGCCCGCCGUAGGUGACACCGCCCCGUUAGGCACGUACAUCCCCUCAAUCGACCCGAACGUGCUCUGGGACGAUGACGGCUCGAUCUGGCUUUCUUCUCGCGCAAUGCCGAAGACGCUGCCUGUGGUGCACGAGAGCUACAGGACGUGUACAAGGGCCAGCAGAGGGAUGGGUAGACUCAGUCAACUCGAGCUACCCGGGCCAACGCGGAAGGACGGCUUCGUGCCCGUCAUAUCAUACAAGUUGCAGCCUCAGGCCUGGGAGAACGCGCACGUCAGCGAUUACGUCGCGAGCAACGGGACACUCAAGAACCGCCGCUGGUCCGAAGGCUCAACGACCAUCAAGCGGUACGAUAGCUUCGGCCAGCCGGUCUACUUCCUGACCUACAGUGCGAACAACUACGAGUCACCCGACUAUGGAAUAGGCUACGCGUACGCGCACUCUGUGACGGGGCCAUAUUACAAGAGCGGUUCGAACCCGAUUCUCUCCCAGGACGCAUCUCGUACGUCCUCCACGUGGCAUCUACUCGACGGCCACGGCUCCAUCCUCUACUACCCGCACCAUGCGCGGCCCAAUUCUUCCGCAGACCGGUACCUCUACACCUCCCGGCUCUUUGUCGAGCCUGACUCGCUCUACAUUGGGUUCGGUGCGGACGCAGGCGACCUCCGCCUCCCAAGUGGCGUCGCGCCAUUCUCCAUCAAGGCCUCACCGCUCGCGGACCCGGGCAACGGGACAUCCAGGUGGAAUGUCAGCGUGCAUGCCGGGAGUGGGGCGCCAUUCGACUUGGCAAGCCCGCAGAACCGUGUCUGGGCGGAGGCGGCGGAUGGAAGCGCGGUAAGCGUAGAGGGUUCAAUAGUGACGGUAGCCGGGGCGAAGAGCGGUGAGAGCGUGAGGGUCGUGUACCAACGCGCGCGGUCAAACGCGACGGAGCCGUGGGUGGAUGUCGCGCAGUCCCGAGGGCUUGCGUGGGAGCUUUCGACUGUGGAGGCUGAGGUGUCGCUCUAGUCGCGGUGCGCAACUCUUGGAGGGCGAGGCAGGUGAUCAUACGCUGAGCGGAGGAUGAUUUAAGUGCAGAGGAUCGACUUCACGGCCGUAGAUCAGUUGAGGUCACUUCCUGAUGCGGGCUUCUGCUUCAGCGUUGCGCAGCUGCUCGUGCCGAAUCUCCUGUAUCGAAC